AUGGUAUUCGAGUGAGGUUAAGAAAGCCAUAAUGAAGCUUUAUCAAAAAAAGCUGAAUUAAUCGACCCGAAAUAUGUUGUUGGCCGUAAAUUUACGAGGUUGAAGACGAAAAUAACUCGAUUUGUGGGCGAGCGUCCAAUCGCGAUGAGAAUAAAUGACGGAAAAACAUUGCAAGUCGACGUAGGUUAGAAGAGAGAAAAAAAAAGAAAAAUAAAUAAAUUUGACAGUGGCAUGCCAGCGCUGUCAAAAUGUGGCGCACUGGGUCACAUACCUUGAUCCUGAUUGAAGCCAGCAUAAAGCAAGCCGUUACCAUGUGGGUUUCCCGUUGUUAAAUUCAUCGUAAAUUAAGUCCUUUUGGUAGACAUUCGUUCGUACCGUCCGUUUAAACUCGUCGAAGUUGAUCACAUAUUCGCCGGCAAUGGCCGGCAAGCAGCGCAAGACCUUACCUGCCGACGAAAUCCAGCCACCAUCUUCGCGCAUGCCAACGAAGCUGCCUCUGCCAUUAAUCAGCUGAUAUACUGUUGAACCUAUCGCAUUUCUCUUCGACCAAUCAGAACGAGUUCUAGUUUGUUCUAGUUUCAAUACUAUUUCGUGUGUAUUUAAGCAUGUCGAUACUUUUCAUUUAUGUUUUUUUAUUUUUCAUUUAAUAGAAAGAUUUAAUAUAUAAUAAGUGAUUUGUUUGUUACUUAGGAUCUAUACGUUGUGAGAUAAAAAUGAAUUUUGAUCAAGAUUAUAAGAAGUGUUUGAUCUUGCUUGUUUUAUUUCAAAGAGGUUAGGUUAUUAAGAACAACAGAAAGAUGCGUUUUAUAAAUGGUAUUUUUACGAGAUGUAUACAUGUUUAUACUCCAUUGUUACGAGAGAAACCGAACAAUUUGAAAGGCAAAAAACAUAGUUCCCAAUUAUGGUUGAAAAGACAGUUGCGUGAUCCCUAUGUUGAGAUGGCCAAACAACAAAAUUAUAGAUGUAGAAGUGCUUUUAAAUUGUUAGAAAUAAACGAGAGCAAAAAGAUUUUCAAUUUUGGAGAUAUCGUAAUAGAUUGCGGUGCUUCUCCAGGCAGUUGGUCUCAGGUUGCUGUCAAAUUAACCAAUGCGGAUGGUAAACAGGAUGGUUCCAUUGGGAAAGUUAUUGCAAUAGAUAGACUUCCAAUUUUCCCAAUAGAAGGUGCGACUGUUUUAGGAAAUAUGGAUUUUACUGCAUUAGAUACACAGAGAAAAGUGCACCAAUUAUUAAAUGGAAUUAAAGCAAAUGUUGUUUUAUCCGAUAUGGCUCCUAAUGCUACCGGUGUACGGGAAUUAGAUCAUGAAAAUAUAAUGAAAUUGGCAUAUUACGCUAUGAAGUUUGCUCUCCAAGUUUUAAACAAAGAUGGACUUCUUCUUGUUAAAAUUUGGGAUGGAUCUAAGUUAAUUCAAUUACAAAAUGAUUUAGCAAAAUUUUAUACAAGCAUCAAGAUAUGUAAACCUAAUGCAACACGUACCGAAUCCAGUGAAACAUUUGUUCUCGCAAGAGGUUUCAAAGGAUUGAAAAUAUCAUUUCCUAAUUCAUAAAAUAACAGAUAGGCUAAAGAAAUGAGAGAACACAUUAAUUUUUUUUUUUUUGGAAUAAUAUCGUCUUAUCUUAUUGCGAUUGUUUCUACGCGCGAUGCAACAAAUGUAUUUAUACAAAUACAUUUGUUUACAGUAAAUUAUUGUAGAAUAUGUAAUAUACAUUGUUAUAUUUAGCCAUAAAUAAUACAAUAAUUGUUCAAUACAAUUACAAUUAAUACGUAUUAUGACAGUGUUCUUUUGUUUGUUCAUUAUUAAUACCAUAUAAUAUAUAUACACAAUUCUUUUAAUAAAGUUAAUAUUUACAUAAAUUGGCAUAUAAUAGAUAAGAAACAUUACACACCACAUUGAAACAUACAUAGAACAAUAAUGUUACCGAUCACACUGUCGAGUGUCAUAUUUGUUUUAUCAUACGUGAUAUCACACGUAAAAGAGACAUAGCCAUACAUGUUGAACAUUAUUAAAAGUAAAGUCUAGUAUUAAUUUCCAUUGGUCGUACGUGUCUUUCGUAUAGGAUUAACUGUGUCAUGUGUGUUUCUUU